AUGGCGGCAGACACUUCGCCCGACAGGAGAUCGGGUUGUGGGUUAUUCAACGCAGUGUUUGGACGACGCAAUCUGUGGCAACGUAAAUCAAACUCUUCUCCUCCUUCUCCGACUUCCAACGUUCAUAAUGUCAACCAAAAUGUCAAAUCAUCCUCCGAUAUGUGGAAUUCAAAGCGGCGGCGAGGCCCCUCCGAUGACGCCGAUUUACUCGCCACCAACCCACCGACGCGUGUCAUGAUUCAAAACCAGCAUAGGAAACAACAUCUCAACGAAACAUCGAAAGCGGCACAGCAGGGUCAUGCGUAUCAAGGCCGAAAGGUUCCCAAAGAGGCCCUUGGAAUUUCAGGCGAGCUUGAAAGUUAUAUAACCGAUCACCAGAAAUCCCAGGGAAGUAGCACGCUUGUUCGGGCUUCCUCCAGCAACGUGAUGCUGUUUGGUGAUUUAGGAAACUUGCGACAAUGUGGUGGAGGAGGAGGAGGCGGGAAUUACACAAAUUCUUAUAGUGUAAUGGAUCACCUUCCUAGGCCUAGAAAGGAAAACCUUAUGGCUAAUGGUGAAGGAAGAUACACAACAAAGCAUGCGACUGAAAAUAAUGCAGGAAAUAGGACCAAAGAGAAUCAGAAAGAAGAAGGGGUUUCCCUGUGCAGAGCCAUAUCAACUAGAAUGGAUCCGGAGCAGUUGAAGAUAAUGGGAAAUGAGGAUUACAAGAACGGCAGAUUCGCAGAGGCAUUGGCCCUCUAUGAUGCUGCCAUCGCCAUUGAUCCUAACAAGGCUUCAUAUAGAAGCAACAGAAGUGCAGCAUUAACGGCUCUUGGUAGGCUUGUCGAGGCCGUGUUUGAGUGCAGAGAAGCCAUUCGAAUUGAACCUCAUUACCAUAGAGCUCAUCAUCGAUUGGGAAGUUUGUACCUCAGAUUAGGAGAAACAGACAAAGCCCAGUAUCAUUUUAAACAUGCGGGACCAGAUGCAGAUCCUGAUGAGAUUGCUAAGGUGAGGAAUCUUCAACUUCAUCUUAACAAGUGCACUGAGGCUCGGAGGUUACGAGAUUGGAACACACUAAAAAAGGAGACCAACUCUGCUAUGUUAUGUGGGGCAGAUUCUGCUCCUCAGAUAUUUGCUCUGCAAGCCGAAGCCCUUCUAAAGCUUCGGAAGCAUCAUGAUGCCGUUGAAGUAAUGUCAAAUGGUCCUAAUUUUACAGACGAAGAGCUGAGCAAGUUCUUUGGACCUAUUGGUUUCGCUAAUUUGCUGGUCACACGGGCUCAGGUUGAUAUGGCUGCGGGAAGAUUUGACGAUGCUUUGGAGGUGGCUCAACGAGCAGUGAAGUUAGACUCAAAUAACAAAGAAGCGGGCAUGGUGAUGAGAAGAGCUCGAGCAGUAGCAGCAGCAAGAUCACAUGGAAACGAGCUUUUUAGAGCAUGUAGAUUCUCAGAGGCAUUAACAGCUUAUGGAGAGGGGCUUGAGCAUGAUCCUUGUAACUCAGUUUUGUUGUGUAACCGAGCCGCUUGUCGAUCCAAAUUGGGCCAAUUUGAGAGAGCCGUGGAGGAUUGCACUGCUGCUCUCAAUCUAAGGCCUUCAUACAGCAAGGCCAGAUUGAGAAGAGCGGACUGUAAUGCUAAGUUGGAAAGAUGGGAAGCUUCAAUUCAGGACUAUGAGAUGUUGCUGAGAGAGACACCAGAAGAGGAGGAAGUAAGAAAGGCGUUGAUGGAGGUUCAGAAACAUCUCAAGUAG